AAAUGGCAGCCAGGAAUGAGAUGCAGUUUGAAAAGUUAAUUGAUGAAGUUACAAGAAAAAAAGAUUUCCAAUUCUUGGAACGAUUUCUGGCAACAGAAGACUGUGAAAAUGUCUCUCACAAAUGCAGCAAACAGUUUGUCAACAAAUUAGACAAGCUUCUGUGUCGGGAACUGGACAAACAAGAAAUCAAAAGCAUUUCCAUUUUACUAAACUCUAUUGAGAAAUGUGGGAAAAAAAUCAGCAUAGCAGGAGAAGAUGGGCUCCUAGCAAUGAUAAAAUACGGUCUUAUUGGAAGGAUGGUUAAUUGGUUUGAAAAGGUAAAAGGAAUUUUGAUCCUCAGUGGAAAUGAAAAGAAUGAAAUGCUUAUAAGUCUGGCUGAAGAUUUCUUCAACGUGUUGCUGGCUAUAUGUGAUAGCAGAGCUGAAGGUAAAAUUAAAAUACUAGAAAACUUUCUUCUGAGAACAUGUACCCUCAUCGCUGAUGUAAGAAUUAAUAUUUAUGUUCAGCAUGAGGUAGUAAGAAAACUUAAUUUAAUGCUAGACAACGCGCCUCGAGAUGCCAGAAAAAAGCUAUUUUCUACAAAGGAAAUGUUGCUUGUCAUGAGUGACAUGGGGAGGAGGAUUUUGGAUGCUGGAGACUAUGACCUCCAAGUAGCCAUUACGGAAGCUUUAUGCAGAAUGAUAGCAGAGAAACAAAGAGGACAACUGGCGUACCAGUGGUUUUCCAUGGAGUUUGUGUCCAAUGCAUUUAAAGGAAUUAAAGAUUCUGAGUUUGAAACAGAUUGCAGAAAAUUUCUUAACCAAGUGAAUGGCAUGCUUGGAGACAAAAGAAGGGUUUUUACAUAUCCGUGUUUAUCAGCAGCCCUUGAUAAAUAUGAGCUACAGAUACCUUUGGAUGAAAAUCUUGAAGAAUUUUGGGUUGAUUUCAAUGUUGGUAGCAGAAGUAUAUCUUUCUAUGUGGCAGCAGAUGAUGCAGAUCAUCAGUGGGAAACAGUCAUUAUACCAGAAGAAGAGGUAGACCUGUACAGCCUCGAAGAAAAAGAAUCAAAGAAAUUAUUAACAAUCGAUCUAAAAAGCCCAAUGAGUGUGGGUAAUCAAGAAGGAGAGAAAUUUUUUUUAUAUUUUGAUUCUAUCUUGGAAAUCAGAGAUGUUACCAGAAAGAUUUAUGGAUUUAGUAAAUGUAAGGGCUUUCAAAAGAAGCAGUCUGCAUCAGUUGCCAAAACAACUGUACAUGUCGUCUUUGAUGAAAGUGGAUCACAGGUUCUGGUACCAGAAAGUCAGUUGUCACCAUGUUUGGAAGAAAGAUCUGAAGAAAUGGAGAAACUCAGGAAGUACAAAACCCAGCAACUUCCUGGAACUUUGAGGACUUUGAACAAAAAUAACAAUCAAGAAAAAUGCAGAGGUGGUUCCUCCAAGGUAACUGCAUCUUCUAAAAGGAAAGUGUCUGAAGCAUCUGUGGCUAUUCCUGGAACUACAAGAUUUUCCACAAAGAGUCCACUGACGUUUGUUAGCAUGUCCACGCCUUGUAAAGGACGAUUUAAAUUACCUUUGGAAAUGAUGAGCUCUUCUGAAAAGUCUAACAAUAAUGUAGUAAAUGAGACCAGAACAAAGAACCUCUAUCAAGGACCUACUGGACAAAUGUGUGCUGACAAAAUUUUAGAGAUGUUAGAAGAGGCAGAAAUUGAGGCCACACAAAAGCAAACUUUAGAUGAAGCGUUAGAUAUUGUUCCUGAUUCUCAGCCACUAGGGAGAAGCAACAAUCAUUUGCUGUCUGGUCUUUUGGAGAGUUCUUUUGAUAAAACCAGAACAUCAAAAAAAAGAGCAUGCUCUGUUCCUGAUAAGAAUAUAACAACUGGUGGCAAGCAAAACCUAAAUCCAUCAUUGGCACAUAUGUCCCAUCCAGUUAGAGUGUCUGAAACAUCUUUGUAUUCUGAUUUUGCAAGAGAGGAACCUGAUGUUGCCUUGAAAAAAGAGACAGCAAAUCCAAAACAAUCAAAGACGAAAACAAAGUCUAAAGAAGUGACAGAUGCAACAAAAUCACUGAUUAGUAAAAUCAGUGACAGAUAUAAAGUAAAGACUGAUGGGAAAAGCAAAGCAAGAGACUCCUUGGGUUUUAGCAGGACACAUUUAAAUAAACCCUGUGUCUCUAAGGAAGAAGUUCAGGAUAGAAACCUGAACAGCACUACUUUUCUUAAUGUAACUGCUGGUCAUAUUAUGGAUGAUGUCUACAACUUUAACAUCAGUGGGUUUGAUGAGCCUACAAUAAAGCUUGGAUCUGCUGAAUUGGUGAAAGUAGUAAAGCAAAUCCAUGAAUUGCAUGUUACUGAACUGAGUGUUCGUAAAGAUCCAAACAAAAAAGGGAAUGCAGAUGACAGUAAAACUAGCACUGAAGUGAAAGGCAGGAAAAAAACUAUAAACAAUCAAAACAAGAAGCAUCUCUUUAGUGACACAGACACAGAAUACAGAGGUGAAGACAGCAAGACAGACAUUAGUUGGCUACAAGAAUCAAAUAGAAAAUCGAAAGCCCAGUUAAUUGAUUACAGUAGAAAUAAAAACUUAGGAAAACCAAUAAGCACAGACAACAGUAAAUUCUCUGAACCUGCUUGCCAAGUGGAUAAGCCUAAAGGCAAAAGUGCAAGUAAGAAAAAGAUAAAUGAAUGUAAGAAGCAGAAUUCAAAAACUGAUGAAACGAUAGAACAAACCACCAGACAAAAACGACCUCGAAGAGCAGCGUUAGCAAAAAAUUACAAAGAGCCUUCCAGUUCAGAGUCCGAGAGUGAAGGGAAAUCUUCAGCAUGCACCUCUAAGGAGGAGAAGUCAAAAAUACAGAAACAUGUGAAUGGGGAAAAAAAGGAUGGUAUUCAGCAAAGGGAACUCCAGAAUAUUGUAUCUGUGGAGCCAAAGAGAGUAGCUAACUACGUACAUAAAGUAUUGAUUAAAUCAAAAAAUUCCGCAGAGCUAAAGGAAAUUGAAAUGCCUUCAUCUGAGAGCCCUUUAUCUCUUGAGACACUGAGAUGUGCUGAAAGUUUCAAACCUUGCUUCUCAGAUACACUUUCUAUUAAAGGAAAACUACAAGAUACCACUAAACCUAUCACCAGAAGUAAAGAGGAUUCUAUACCAACAUCUCCAUUGUCUGUUUCCAGUGGAAGUAAAGUACAGUCUUGGAGUGAAGAACCUUAUGGCCCCAUACAUGAGUCAGGACCAACUAUACAGACAUUUCUCAAACGAAGGGACCGCAGUGAUACAGAAAGCAAUUCUGAUGAAGCAGAACCAGGCAAAGAGGAGGAAAAGAGAGGAAAGAGAAGAACAAAGUUACAGCCUAGAAAAUUAUUUAAAACAGAUGAUGCUGUUACUUACAGAGUGUCUGAAAGUCUGUCUACUAUAUCUGUAAAUGAUCUGUCUGUUUUGGAUGGGGAAAUCUGGGAACCUGGUUGUUCAACUAUCAGUAUAUGUCAGAAGCUCCAAAAAGAAUGUACUAAGAAAAUUGAGAGCCGCUCACGGAAAAUGGAUCAUUUUACUAAGCAAUCAUUAAGAGCUGCCCAUGAGCAUUUGACAACAAUGAUUUACCAGCUUCAUGAAUGCAGGAUCAGGCAGCUGGACAAAUUCCAUUUUGCUCUCCUUGAGGAACUUGAGAAUUUUGAAAAAGAUUCUCAGUCCCUGAAAAACAUGGAAAAAGAAUUCUCGACCUUUUGGAAAAAACAUACGCUUACUUUUAGUACAUACAUGAAAAAUGAGCAACAGAGAAUUCAGAUUCUUAAAACUUCAUUUGAAAAGAAUAUCUACCAUGCUGUUGACUAUGAAGAACGUAUUUUUACUUCAGAGAUGCUUUUGAUGAAAGAAGACAUAAAAGGACUCCAAGAGAAACUUCUUAAAGAAAUGCAAGAAGAAGAACUGUGUAAUGUUCGCAGAGGAUUGCAGACAUUGUUUCAAUCAGAAGAUAGAAUUCUGAAAUAAUAUUUUCAGAUACCUUCCUGAAAUUCAAGGUGAAUAUAAACACACUUUUAUAAUGUAAAAUUUGACAACUUUUAAACUUGACAACUUUUUUUUUUACACUUAAGGAAACUGUUGUAAUGAAAGCAUAUUUUCCAUAUUAAAAUCUUUAUGGGUAAGACUUCUUUUAUAUGUGAGAUUUGGAAGUACUUUACUGAAUAUGCUAAAAUGCAAUAUGUAAAUUUUUGGAGUUUUAGCACAUACUAUUUUUGAAGAAGUCUUUAACAAUUUCUAUAGGUUAUUUAAGUGAAUUUCAGAGAAAUCACUUCAAAUUUUACUUUGAACUUAUGUUUUGGGUCUGUUGUGUAUAGAAUACCCCUUUUGUCUGAUCCAGAAUACAGUCAGAAAUUAUUUAGGGAUCAAAUUGCCUGUAUUGAUCUCAGUCCUAUUUGUCUGUGGUUUUAGACUUCAGUAGGAGUUUCUAAGAGAAAACAAAGCUCUAAACACUUGUGGUUGAACUAUGUUGCAAAUAGUUGUAUUAAAUAUUUCGAGAAAAAUA